AUGAACGGGCGCCUCCACCUUGGUCACGCCUUCUCGCUGACGAAGGCGGAGUUCGCGGCGCGCUUUGCGCGGUUGCAGGGCAAGGAGGUGCUGUGGCCGUUCGCCUUCCACUGCACUGGCAUGCCCAUCGCGGCUGCGGCGAUGAAGCUGAAGGGAGACCUGGAGUCCAGAGAACAGCCAGCUGCCGCGCCAGAGGCUCUGAGCAGUUCGCCCGCAGAGUCCGAGGAGUCCACCGGUGCACCCGGAGCAUUCAAGGGAAAGAAGACGAAGGUGGAGCAGAAGACCGGCGGACUUUCCCAGUACGACAUCAUGAAGGCGCUGGACAUCCCCGACGAUGAGAUUCCUAGAUUCGUCGACCCGGAACAUUGGCUGGAGUAUUUCCCUCCUCUUGCAGUGGCUGACCUCAAGAGAUUAGGCGUCGCAGUUGAUUGGAGGCGAUCUUUCAUCACUACGGACGUGAACCCAGCCUACGACAUGUUUGUGCGUUGGCAGUUUCUGAAGUUGAGGAGCAAGUAUUUGGCGAAUGGCAAACGCCAGUCCAUCUUCUCCAUCGCCACAGGGCAGCCUUGCGCUGAUCACGACCGAGCGGAGGGCGAGGGGGUCAAUCCCCAGGAGUACACCCUCAUCAAGCUCAAGGUGAAGAAGCUGCCGGAGGGUUGGGCUGCGGCCGUCGGGGAGGCCGAGGUGUUCUUCGUCGCGGCCACGCUUCGCCCGGAGACCACGAUGUACGGCCAGACCAACUGCUUCGUCCUGCCGGACUUGGAUGGGGAGUACGGGCUCUUCAAGAUGAGCAACGGCGAAGUAUUUGUCUGCACAUACCGCGCCGCCCUCAACAUGUGCUACCAGGAGAUCUGGGAGAGCUCCAAGUGGCGGACGACGGGACGAAGGAACCUGCUUGCCUCUUGGAGGUUGCGGGCAGCGACCUGGUCGGCGUCCCACUCGCGGCACCCCUGGCAAGAUAUGACACCGUGUACGCCCUGCCCAUGCUCACCAUCUCCAUGGACAAGGGGACCGGCAUCGUCACGAGCGUCCCGGCCGAGGCGCCCGACGAUUACGUUUGCCUGA